AUGGCGUAUGAUAAAGACAAUGAAUAUUAUAUCAAGGAUUCCUUUGAGUUUGCUGAUCUUGUGAACAAUCUUGAGGUACCACCUGACCACGUUGUCAUAUCGUUGGAUGUGGUCAACUUGUUCGGAAACAUCCAGAGUGAACUAGCAAUCGAAGCAAUAAGUAAAAAAUGGAAUGUGAUCCAAGAAUAUACGAACAUACCUAAACAACUCUUUAUGGAUAUCCUCAACUUUCUGAUGGAGAACAGUUAUUUCUCCUUCCAAGGAAAAUUUUACCUGCAGAUAUUUGGAAGUUCCAUGGGCUCAGAUCUGAGUCCAAUAAUAUCCCUUUAUGUGAUGGAUUAUCUUCUGGACGGCACGGUUGCCAAGUUGCCAUUUAAAUUGUUUCUUAUAAAAAAGUACGUAGAUGAUCUCCUACUCAUUGCUCCAGCUAACGAAAUCACUAACAUCAAAACCACAUGCAAUAGUUUUAAUGAACACAUCCAGUUCACUGUAGAGGAAGAAGAUGAAAACCACUCAGUUCCAUUUUUGGACACAAAGGUCUGCCGAAUAAACAACACCAUAAAAUUAGACUGGUAUAGAAAAGACAUAACAUCAGACAAAUUUAUCCAUUACUUAUCUGAUCACCCAAUCAAGACGAAAAUAAAUACUAUAAAAGGAAUGAGAACAAGGGUAGAUAGAAUUUGCCAUCCCGAUUUCAGGCAGAUAAAUAGUAACAAGCUUUUCAAAAUAUUUGUGGAAAAUGGUUAUCCAAGGAGUAUGCUCAGAAAACUACUUUUUGAGUCGGCCACAAGUAGAAUGAAUGAGGUUGAAGAAGUCAAUGUACCAUCACAAAACAAUGAAAUUGAUGAGAUAAAAUAUGGGAGUAUAAUGAACAUAAAAACCCUCUCUGGUAGAAUCAAGAACUGUUUUAAGGGGGAAGAUCUGAAAAUAGCCACAUAUAAUUCCAAAACCUUGUUCACCCUGUAUUCUAGAUUAAAGGACACCACACCAAAACAGUUUCAAUCUGGCAUUGUGUAUGAGAUAAGUUGCAAGAAUUGUCAAGACGUCUAUAUUGGGCAGACAUCACAAUGGCUCAAGAGCAGAUUAAGUUUACAUAGGAGUGAUAUCAAGAAAAACAACACAAGAUGUGCCUUAACAAAACACGCUCAUGAAGAAAGACAUGAAAUAGAUCUGGAUAAUGUAAGAAUUUUAGAAAAAAGCUCAAAAUAUAACAAACGAUUAAUUUUAGAGAUGAUUCACAUAAAAAACAACAAUAACACCGUAAACAAAAAAUCUGAUGUUCAAAAUCUGAGUAACAUAUACACCUAUCUAAUGUCCCUUGCCAAGUAA